AUGGUUGGCCGCCCUUUCACAUCUUCGGGUUGCGCAAAUUGCAGGAAGCGCAAAAUAAAGUCCACACAGACUGGUGAGGCCAAAAGGCCUGUUCGCCAACUUGUCGGCCAAAUCAAACCUCUUGCCCUUUCGAGUACAUUCAGUGUCAGUGCCGAGGUUCGUGCGCAGCUGUUUUCCAACUUCAUGGAUACCUUCUUCGCUUCCAGUUCUAGUAUCAACGGCAAGAAUGACAGUCUGUAUUUUCUGAUGGCCCGCUUCCCCACUCUUGCCGGUGAAUCAGAGCCGUUGGAUCGAUCUGUUAUCGCGCUCGCAACCACGUUCCUGGCGAAAACAAAGGAUGAUAGGUGGCUGGGGCGUGAGGGCCUGGAAAUAUAUAACACUGCGCUCAAUUCCAUGCAAUACGCACUGCAGCGAGGCUCCUCGCCAUCUCCCAACAUGCUCUACGCAACAAUCAUCUUUCACACGUACGAAACCAUGAAUGGUGGGGAUGCCUCCUCGCGAAACUGUUUCACCCACAUCCAAGGAGCAGCCGCUAUCAUGACACAAACCAACUUCAAAACUCAGGACGUAGACAGUCUCACCAAAGCAAUGCUAACAAGACAAAAGUGGGCUACAGCACACUUCAUGAUCAAUACCGAGUACGGCUCUAAUGCGGACCGGGGGUGUCUUUUAGUACAACGGGAAAGUACUCCCAUUGAUGAAAUGUUUGGGCUCGUUGCUGAAUGGAGCAUACUCCGGAAUGAUCUGAACAAAAUCGCUGCAUUAGAAGCUACCUACCGAGAAGCAGCAUAUGAAACUCUACUACGUCGCUGCUACCAGCUUGAGAAAAAGCUUCACGAGGACUGGCUCAAUGGGCCAGCGCUCCAGCUUGACGGAGAUCCCUCUUUAUCCUGCAGAGAAGGAGGAUGGAGCGACAGCAGUUUAAUGUCGAACUCUGACCGAUUUUCCUACGAAUUCAAAAAUCUUAACGCCGCCAAAAUCUACCUUCUAUAUUGGGUAACCUCAUUGGUGACAAGCCGUGUGAUCUAUGAAGCCGAAGUCCUUCUUCAUGGACACUGUGAUCCCACGAAAAUGGUUUCUUAUGCCACAAAGAUCCUCCGGUCUGUGCCAUAUCUUAUGCAAAGAGAGAGGCAGAUGUCAUCCGUCCAUGUUGUUAUUUUUGGCGUGUCCCAGGCAUCUCGAUGCUACAUUCAUUGUGGGAAAAAGGAAGAGUUUGAACGAUGCCAGGAGAUUUACCGCCUGAUUGCACUUCGUGGGUUUGAUAUGGCCUUUCAUAUGGCCAAGGAACAUCUUGCAUACUGGUAUUUGGCUCAAGGCCAGCCAGUGGCAACCAAAGCGUCCUCCCUUCGCUCAGAGAUGGAUUCGACCUCCGAGUUACCAUCUGUGUCUUGAAAUUGCUGGUAGUAUUGUUAGAAGUCAACCGUAGGAGUGUGUUUUUUUUUUAUUUUUAUUUUUAUUUUUUAUUUUUUUUUGUAAUUGAGAACAAAUUCACCCA